AUGAUGCGUGCUUUCGCUUUAUUGUGCCUCUUUGUGGCACCUGCCUUCUCCGCAUAUUCACCUGGCUUAAAAGCAAGGUUUGACAUUUGGGGAUUUGGGAGCACUUCGUUUAUGGAUCUCCCGCGCAAUAGCGCCAGAGCAAUCCAGCAACGGUGGAUAAAAGUAGAGCGUCCAUCAAGCCCACCAGGACUGGAAAGCUUAUCACUGUGGUGCCCUCGUACCGAUUUUGCUGUCUGCGUUCUACUCGACGAUACUAAUUACAUCGCUGGAUUACAGAUAGCUCUGGACGAGGAGAAUUUCUCUAAUGCCUACCAUGACUGGAGCAGCCAGGGCUUUACAUAUUGGUCUAUCGUGGAGAACGGAGUGUCCAAGAAUUUCUGGACUGCACAGCAGUACUACAUUUCUGCCAGUACCCUAGCAACACCAGCGGCAACCCGUGUAGCCAAUCGCAAACAUGACACUAUCCUACAGGACGGUAACAUCUGGCUAAGCGGGUUUGGGGGCAAACUUUAUAACGUUUCUACCACCGUCAAAGAUUUCAUCGACAUCGAUUACACUACGCAGGCUUGCAUAGUAUGGAUGGGUGAACAUUACUAUUAUAAUAUGUCCAAAACCACCCCCUGCGGAGAAAAAAGUAUUUUGCCUUGGUUCCCUCUUGUUCAUUCUAAUCAGCUUGUUGGAGUAGGAUUUAUGGUAUUUGGGAAAAUCAACGUACCGAGUGGCAAAACCGAUUGGUUUGAAAACCCAGGCAGUCUUGCUGUAAAGUUGAUUGUACCCGAUGGUCCUGAUUGCCUCUAUGAUUUAGCGGAGAAACAGGGUGUGGUCACUAUGCAUACUUACUUCAUCAGCAAUCCAUUCUCACUCCUUUGUAUCAACUCAGGGUGGUGGUAA